CCUCUUAACGUUAGCUACUUCUCGCCGUUAAAGCGCGUAUAUAGUUAUAAGGUAGAGAGCCUAAUACGUAACUAUAUUAACUAUAUUACUAAGCUCGAGUUGCUGCUAGCGUUUAAGAUAGCCUUUAAUCGAUCUUUUACACUAACUAAUAUCUGCAUAGCCUUUUAA